AUGUAUGUGACUCAACACAAGGUGUGGUGGAGGCUUGAUCCACCGUUCAUGUAUGUGACUCAACACAAGGUGUGGUGGAGGCUUGAUCCACCGUUCAUGUAUGUGACUCAACACAAGGUGUGGUGGAGGCUUGAUCCACCGUUCAUGUAUGUGACUCAACACAAGGUGUGGUGGCUGCCAGCAGCGUCUACCACCAGUAUACAAGCUCCUCUGGUGGCUGUGUACGCAGUGAGAGGCACCACAGCCAGACUACCUUGUAAGUUCUCCACACAACUGAAUGAUCCAGUCAUACUGGUCCUCUGGUACAAGAACGGAACCAAAACUCCCAUCUACAGUGUGGACUCGAGGGUGAGGAGCCAGGAGCUAGUGUCUGGAAUUACUUACAACUCCCAGUACCUGCCAGGCCACCUCACACACAGGGACCAGGAGAUGGUGUCUGGCAUUACUCACGACUACCAGUAUUUGCCAGGCCACCUCACAUACAGGGACCAGGAGCUGGUGUCAGGUAUCACUCACAACUACCAGUACCUGCCAGGUCGUCUCACACGCAGGGACCAGGAGUUGGUAUCUGGCAUCACUCACAACUACCAGUACCUGCCAGGUCGUCUCACACGCAAUAACCAGGAGUUGGUAUCUGGUAUCACUCACAACUACCAGUACCUGCCAGGCCACCUCACACUCAGGGACCAGGAGCUGGUGUCUGGUAUCAAACACGACUCCCAGUACCCGCCAGGUCGCCUCACACACAAGAAGGACAGACUGGACUGGACACUACUGGUUCAUCAAGUGGAGUACAGUGACCAGGGUCUGUACCGCUGUCGCCUUGACUUCCAGUCGUCACCGACGCUCAACACUAGAGUACACCUCCAUGUUGUCGAUGUUCCUAGUGAGGUGCGUGUGUACAGCAGCAGCGGGUCGCUGGUGCAAGGGCAGUGUGCUGUGCAACUGGGCAAGCCUCUCAGCCUCACCUGUACUGCUGCAGGAGGUAAUCCACUACCAAAUGUGACGUGGUGGUUGGGCUCUACUCUCCUGGACUCCAGACCAGAGAAGCAGCAACCACCUGCCACCACACUGACCACCACCACUGUAGAGUACGUCAGCAAUACGCUGCGUAUAGCGUCCAUUAUGCGUCACCACCUAAGCCAUAAUCUUACCUGUAUGGUGGCUAAUACACCUGUCUUACCACCGCUCACUGCCUCUGUCCUGCUAGUUGAAACAGACUCCCGGCUGGUAGUGCGUCUGUCAGCUCCUCCUGGCAGGCUCUCAGGAGGACGUCUAUACGUCUUAAAGUGUGAGGCGUCUGGUGUACGUCCGCCUCCAGUUGUCACCUGGUGGCUCCGUGGACAGCAACUCACCCGUGACAUCAAUGUGCAGAGCUUGAGUGAGGACUCUGCUGUGUGUCUGUUGCGUCUGCUUGUGUCUGCCGUUGACGACGGUAGUCUGCUGGAGUGCCGUGCCAGGGCGCCCACCCUCCCUCACCUCACAGCUGCAGACUCCACCAGACUCACCGUCCAUUAUGUGCCUGAGGCUAGUAUUAGCAUCACUGGUGUGGGCGCCGGUGUGGGAGGCCAAGCAGGUGUGGGCGACCUGCACGCUGGGGACUCUGCCACGCUCACCUGUACCGCCCGCGCUAACCCACCUGCCUACAACGUUACCUUCAUGUUCAAUGGUCGUACUUUGCAGAGGGAACAUGUGAUCAAGGACGGUAGAACACUCACCUUGCAGCACCUAACCUACAGGGACGCUGGCCUCUACACCUGCCUCGCCUCCAAUCCUGAAGGUGACGGCCAGAGCAACGCUGUCACUCUCAACAUUGCCUACAGACCUGUGUGUGCGUGGGAGAGUGCCAGGGAGGUGGUGGCACUGCCUGGGGAGGUAGUGGUGUUGGAGUGUCAAGUGUCAGCCUCUCCACCACAAGUCUCCUAUACUUGGGAGACUAUCUCCAACAUCAACAAGGAGGAGGAGGUUGGAGUCCCACUCUACCACGAGGAUGACGGGCUGACGUCCAUGGGGUGGCUGAGGGCUGACAAUGUCAGCGGUGGCAGCCAGCAGGCACAGUGCCGCCCCAGCAAUGCAAUGGGUGUCACUCACCGGCCCUGUGUCUUCAACAUUCUGCUAACAGGAGAGCCGAGCACUCUGGUCGGUUGUUAUUAUCAUGACGUCACAACCGACUCUGCCAGCGUCACCUGUUCACCUGGAACACCUUCCAGUCACCUUCCUGAGACCUACCAUAUUGAGGUACGGGAGGCCUCCGAGGUGCUAGCAGUGUAUAACAGCACGAAGCCCAAGUUCAACCUGACUUCGCUGACACCAAGUCGUGACUACGUGUUAUCCAUGUAUGCUACUCAUGCCAAGGGUCGCGGUCACCAGACCACACUACUCAUGAGAACCCGCACUCCAAUGGCUGAGCAAGUCGCACCUGAGAGAGUAGACCUACCUGUCACCUCAGUGAAGAAUGCAGGGAAGGAUCUGGUGCAGUCUGCAGAGUCUCCACAACAGGUAAACAAGUGGAGGAGUGUGAGUGUGGGUGUGGUCGUGGGUGUUGUGGUGGGUAUUGCAGUGGUAGUCACAGGAGUGGUUACUUGCCGUGCCCGCCGUACCCAGGCCUCCUUCUCUACCCAGACACAACAACGAACCUCUCAAGAUCCCUUACUGGAACUACAAGAGGCCGGUCUCUCUCACGCCUGUACUAGACACCAGUCCUGUGAGCUACUGACAACGUUCUCGCCGGUACCUAUGGUGAUAACACAAGCAAUGCCUAUCAAGACAUCUGGGAGAGCAUCCACACACAGCGCCACGAGCGGGUCCUCAUCUGGGGAACGUGAAGACAGCGGGGCACCCAUACACGUCAUAGAGCUUGAGGAUGAUAACACCUUAACUCCCAGAGUGGAUGUUACAUCCUCAUCCAGCUUAUCACUCCUGAGCACGAGAGAUGAUGUAAUGAACGUUCACUACUUGCUGCCUCCUCCACAACUAGCACAUCAGCAGUCCUUGUCCAGGACCGAGACUAGACCUCAAGAGAGAUCAAGGUCAAACCCCCAGAAGCAAUUAUUAUCUAACAACAACAAUUAUACUCAGUCUCAUUUACCAUCCCAGGAUCUUACCCAACUCCAGCCCCUAAACACAACAUACAAUCUACGACCAAACAUGCAUACUAUCAACGUACCUAACACUACUCCCAAUAUUCAGUUCCUCUCCCAGUUCCCCAGCUCUAUGUCUCACUCUCAUGUACUGCCAUACAUUACCACCAUCACGUCACCUCAGUCUUACACUUCCACUUUACCCCAAGUUACGUUUCGUAAUACGUUUCUACAACGUACAGGAGCCCCUCGUGCUGCAACCUCAUACCAAACUCCGACUCCUCCACUAACUUCUGCUCUUAUGGAAGUCACAACUCCUGCAAACGAUGUCCCUCCUCCACAUGACAAACUCUUACACCAAAACAUAUCACAGGCACGCCUAAAUGCAGCAGGUUCCCGAAAUAAUACCUUACAUGAAACUCCACUGAACCUAGAAUCCUCUGAAGCGUUUCGACGAUUUAAAGAUAGUGAACCCGAGGUUAAUGUUAGGUUCUAUGACAGUGAACCUGUGGUUCAUUCUAGAUUUAAUGAAAGGAAGAACGUUGCUCAUUCUAGGUUCAAUGAGAGUGAAGCUGGGGUUCACUGCAGAUUUAGCGAGAGUGAAACUGUAGUUCAGUCCAGUUUCAUUGAGACUGAACCUGCAGAUAAACGAGAGCCCUAUACCUCAUCAAGGCUAUAUAGGCCUACACAGGCUUACACUCCAGUACUUGCACCCUCACCUACAAUUAUACACACUACCCUUGAUAACCAAAAUCACUUGGAAAUGCUUCAAUAA